AUUGGCCCGGUCGGGGCGUCGCGGCGAUCUGAUUGGCUAGGCGUCGGAGGGGUUGUCAGGGCCAGGUCGGGAGGCGGCGGCCGGAUUUGGGCCGCGGGGCUGGAGUGGGCUGAGCGGGACUCUAGCGCUACCCGCCCGGGGACAGCAGCCGAGCCGCGGGCGCCGACGCCAUGCGCUGGGUCCGGGCGCUGCUGAAGAAUGCGUCCCUGGCAGGGGCGCCCAAGUACAUCGAGCACUUCAGCAAGUUCUCCCCGUCCCCCCUGUCUAUGAAACAGUUUCUGGACUUUGGGUCCAGCAAUGCCUGCGAGAAGACCUCCUUCACCUUCCUCCGGCAGGAGCUGCCCGUGCGCCUGGCCAACAUCAUGAAGGAGAUCAACCUGCUCCCUGACCGGGUGCUCGGCACGCCCUCAGUGCAGCUGGUACAGAGCUGGUAUGUUCAGAGCCUGCUGGACAUCAUGGAGUUCCUGGACAAGGACCCUGAGGACCACCGCACCCUGAAUCAGUUCACGGAUGCCCUGGUCACUAUCCGGAACCGGCACAACGACGUGGUACCCACCAUGGCCCAGGGCGUGCUGGAGUACAAGGACGCCUAUGGUGACGACCCGGUCUCCAACCAGAACAUCCAGUACUUCCUGGACCGCUUCUACCUCAGCCGCAUCUCCAUCCGCAUGCUUAUCAACCAGCACACCCUCAUCUUUGAAGGCAGCACCAACCCGGCGCACCCCAAACACAUUGGCAGCAUCGACCCCAACUGCAGCGUGUCGGAGGUGGUGAAAGAUGCCUACGACAUGGCCAAGCUCCUGUGUGACAAGUAUUACAUGGCCUCACCUGACCUGGAGAUCCAGGAGGUCAACGCUGCCAACACUACCCAACCCAUCCACAUGGUCUACGUCCCCUCCCACCUCUACCAUAUGCUCUUUGAACUCUUCAAGAACGCCAUGCGGGCCACCGUAGAAAGCCAUGAGUCUAGCCUUGUUCUCCCCCCUAUCAAGGUCAUGGUGGCCUUGGGUGAAGAAGAUCUGUCCAUCAAAAUGAGUGACCGAGGUGGGGGUGUUCCUUUGAGGAAGAUUGAGCGCCUCUUCAGCUACAUGUACUCCACGGCCCCCACACCCCAGCCCGGCACUGGGGGCACCCCGCUGGCUGGCUUCGGUUACGGGCUGCCCAUCUCCCGCCUCUAUGCCAAGUACUUCCAGGGGGACCUACAGCUCUUCUCCAUGGAAGGCUUUGGGACUGACGCUGUCAUCUAUCUCAAGGCCCUGUCCACGGACUCGGUUGAGCGCCUGCCAGUCUACAACAAGUCUGCCUGGCGCCACUACCAGACCAUCCAGGAGGCCGGUGACUGGUGUGUGCCUAGCACGGAGCCCAAGAACACGUCCACGUAUCGGGUCAGCUAGGGGCCUCCUGCGCCCGCAAGCAAGAGGACAGACCACUGCCUCUGGGUCUGGCCACCACAGGGGCCCCCAUCCCUCCCUCCAGAGGUGAGAGUGGGGGUGUCUUCUUGAUGACCAGGCCCUAUCUCUCUGUGGAAGUCCCUGGGUGAUUGAUUGGUGGUGGUUCCUAAGUGCCAAUCUGUCUCCAUGGAGAUACCAAGUUGGUCUCCCUGGGGUGCAGUCUUCGUAGGUGAUGCCUGAGGGCCAGGGGUCAUGGCUCCACCCGAUAGGGUGCCCCAGAUGCCCUGUGCCAUGGCAGUCCCUGUCCCGGAUCCCGGGUGCCCCCUCACUGCCUGCAUAGCCCUGGUCUUCCAAGUGGAUGCCCUGCUUACCCCAUGGUCUCCCAUUAGGGCACAGUGCCCCAGCCGCUGUCAGUGUCAGGAGGGGUCCAGGUGCCCCCGCACCUAGGCAUGAGUGGGAAACGGGUGCACUCUUGGCCCUGGUUUGGGGCCUGGUCUUAGAGUUUCCCCCUGCACUCUGGGCAUUAAGAUCAAGGUGGGAUGGGCACAGCUCUUGCCCAAGGCUCACCCCUAACAGGGAGGAACCCAAGAGACUGCAGAGGUCACCCGCCCAGCCACGGACCCUUGGUGACCUUGGCUGCGGUGGCACUGCCUCCUGUGCCCUGGCCCAGCAUGUCUGCACAUGCACAGCCCACCCUCCCCAACAUACCUGCCCUGUCCUGCCUGAGCCCCAAACCCCAGAGUCCCGGUGGCUUCCUCCCUGGGAUAGUCUCUGUACAUAGCUAGUUUUUUAACCCUGGGUGCCAGCCCCCAAGAACAUGAGAGGUGAAAGCUGUGUGCUCCUCCCCGUGGCUGUGACAGUGACAUCACAGUAAAGAAGAGAAUGAAUGAGACCAUGA